GAGAUCUGCACUUCAACCAUGGCAGGGUCAGGAUAUACGUUGAUGUUCGCGGCUGUCGCCAUCCUGAGUGCGGCAGCGACUUCACCGCCUCUCACGCUUGUCCCGGGCCGUCCUGAGACCGCGUCGCUUGAAACGUCGGCUCUCUUCCACCUGUGGAAUGAACAGCUGGACUAUCAAGGCCGUCUUCCCGUGGAUAGGGAUACAGGAUCCAUAGGAACUUUGUUGUCUCCUGCAUACUUCCACGUGACCAAUCUAGUGCCCCAGGACGCCCCUAAUCCGCUUUACGUCAGUAGAUACGCUGAACUACGCGCUGCUUUCCUCAGCGACCACAUGCUCCGAGACACAGUAGACCCCAAUGAUCCUAGGAUUAAAUCAGUCAACGGCCUGACAGCAAAAACCCUCACUGGCAAAUCCGUUGUUUUCAAGAGGGACAAUACAGACAAGCUCACUGUGAACAACAUCCCCGUAGAAAGCGUGGAAACGCUGUCUGACGGGAUAGUGAGCUACAAACUGGAUGGUGUCCUGUUUGAUUACGUGAAGCAAGUGGACGACGCUUUUCAUGAGUACUUGAGAGACUCGACUUGAUUCCACUCGCUUAGAGAAAAUUGUCUGAGAAAGGGCGAUGGGAUGCACAGGCAUAAUGUGCAAAAAGGUAUCCAGAUAGAAAAAUCACGAGCGUGAAGAAAAUUAGGAAAAAAUAAAAAUUUUACGUUGUAGAUAUGUAUAUACAUAUCAGUACCUUAUUUUUUGUUAACAAUCAGAGUUCUUACGGCAGGUAUUUUUACAUGAUAAAAGAAAAUCAAGAAAAUGAUAACGUGCAGGAGUUCUGCAUAAAGAAGUUAUAUUUCCUCUUGUGUUAUCGUAACUGGAUGAACCUAAAUGCAAAGUAUUGUUAGCAAAUCAGUUACAACCUUGUUUAUGCAUAGGUCUGAUAGAAUAAAAUUUCCUUAUAAGUUAC